AUAGUUUUAUUGUAAUUCAUCUGUUGGAACUACAACUACCAAGAUGAGCUGAGUGAAAGCGGGUGUGUAAACACAACUCUAGGAAACAUGAAACGAUCGGGUGGCAAUGAGAGCGAGAAGAGAAGAAAGAGGCGCAGGCUGCUGCACGAGCUUGGAGACCAGCGCAUCCCCUACCUCGGGCCCUCAGACCAUGGCUUCCAACAGCUGUGGGAGACUAGCUAUUCUGGCCUGGCUCUGCGGCGGUCCUGCUCCCUGCCUGAGGAGCUCCAUGGUCGGGUGGAGGCUGCUCUGCUCACCCUGCGGCAGAGGGGCUGUUUCCUGAGGGACCUGGUGAAGGUGAGGGACCGAGACGUCUUCACCGCCGUGUCCCGGGUGCUGCUGGGUCAGCCAGGAACCACCUACCGCUACCUGGACACGCGGCUCUUCACCAUCCCCUGGCACACAGACGAGCAGAGAGGGACCUGCUGCGACCCAGACCUCAGUGCCGCCUGCAAAGCACUCUGGGAGCUCAACUGCUUCUUCUGCUCUGAUGUCGGAGACAGGAAGGAGGGGGAUGUUUUCAAGCAGUGCAGGAAAGAGUUCGUUGGUGCUAUAGAGUCUAAACCCAGUGUAGAAGGAGACACGGAGUCUAAAGAUAGCGAGGAGUCCAAACCCAGUGACGAUGGAGGAGACUCGGAGUCCAAGCAGAGUGAGGAGGGAGAGACUGAGUCAAAGCACAGUGACGAUUGGGACAUAGAGUCAAAACACAGUGAAGAAGAAGAAGGCCCAUCGUCCAAACAGGAUGCAGCGUGGGAGUCAAGACACGGCGACGAGAUGGGAGACAUGAAGACUAAACAAACUGAACUGGGUAGUCCAACGGGGUCAAAACAACACAGUGAGGAAAAACACACAGACUGGAAGCAUAGGCCAGCUGGCAGCACAGAGACAGAGACCACAGGUCUAGGCCCUCAGGAGAAGCCUGUGGCUGAGCUAAAACACAGUCUCUCUGGGUACCACAUUGAAGAUGAGGAGGAUGAAGACCAGCAGAGUGGCCAGGGAUGCUCUAACCUCAACCCUGCUAAGACAUCCUGUCCUGGCCCGGCCCAGUUCAACGUCACCCUGCUCAACUACAUGGACCCAGCAGCAAUGAGCCAGCUGAAAGAAGAGCCGUAUUAUGGGAUGGGCAAGAUGGCUGUGGGCUGGCACCAUGAUGAGAACCUGGUCAGCCUAUCACCUGUGGCUGUCUACAGCUACAGCUGUCAUGACGACGACAAAGCAGGUGUGAGCUCGGAGGAGGGUCCUGCGGAGAAGGGCUGCUGGAGGAUUGGUCUAAAGGUGGCCUGGGACAUCCACACCCCUGGACUGACCCUCCCACUGCAGUCCGGAGACUCCUACUACCUGAGAGAUGACCUGAACAGGACCCAUCAGCACUGUGUUCUGGCUGGAGACUCAGCCCGCUUCAGCUCUACACACAGAGUGGCGGAGUGUUCCACCGGGACCCUGGACUACAUCCAGUCUCGCUGCCGGGAGGCCCUGUCUAACCUGAGCACAGACCCAGAAACAGGGACCCACAGCCUGCUCUCCCUGCUGCCAGCUACCCUGCAAGGCUACGAGGAGAUACACAACGAGGUGGAGUUUGAGUGGCUGAGGCAGUACUGGUUCCAGGGCCAGCGUUACACCCGGUUCUGCAGCUGGUGGGCCAGACCCAUGGAGCAGCUGGAGAAUGACUGGAGAGAGAUGGAGCUCAUGACGCAACUCUUACUGGCAGCGGUAGAGGAAGAGGGACAACCGGAGGAGGGCAGGAGAGAGAUGGCAGAGACCCUGCUAACUGCCCUGACAGACAGACAGCAGCACAGACAGACAUGGAGAGACAGGUGCCAUUCCAGCCUGGCCCAGACCCUGCCCCCAGAAGAGGCCCCCGUGGACCGGCCGUUUUGGGCCGACGACGACCCCAGCAUGCCUCUGCCCUUUGACCUGGCUGACAUCAUCAACAGGGUGGAGUCACUCCUCUGGAGGAUGUGAUGGAUGGGACACAAAGAAAAGAGAAGGAGGAAGAGUGCAAGAGAGUCACCCUAUCAUCUGAACAGCCUCUAUCGUGAGGACAGAGGAGGAGAACAGGACCUACCAACUCCUGAUGGUGUCAACGUCCUCCACUGGGGGUACACUUCCCCACCCUGAACCCCACCUAACCCUGUACCUCGCCCCACCCUGCCCAAACCAGUCUCAUCUAGCUUUGCUUGGAUGGACCCAACAUGGCUGCAACAUGAGGAUGGAACCCUGAGUAGUGCUUUGCUAACAUGCUAUAGCUGAUAUUGGAACUAGUCUCACAAUGGUAAUGUGGAUAACCUGCAGAAUUAAAACUGAAUGUGUAGGAAUGUAUUAUUUCAAUGAAUGUUCUGUUUCUUUUCUACAUUUAACCAGCUUUGUGUAUGGAUAUGACAAAUAGUCAUACAGAUGUAGGAUCUUAAUUUGACCAGUUUUUCACAGCAGGAAAAUUAUCCUGCAGCAACAGGAAAUUAUAAUUAAUGGACAUUUUUGUAGGGGUUGAUAUAUUUUUACUUAGGGCAAAUCAAGUCUGACAUUUUCAAGUGGAAAUUACAAACUUCAGAAAUCCUUUUAAACCUUGAAUACACUACAUGUUUGCAUUUCCUGCAGUGCAGGACAUUUCCUGCAACAACAGGGUGAUCAAAUUAAAAUCCUAUAUAUGUAGUACAUUUAUACUUUCUGUUUCUAAUUCAAUGUUGUUCUAAUUAUACUGUUGUAUCCUAAUGUCCAUUCACUUCCUGUAUUUCACAACUUUCUUGUUCAGAAUCUCACAGGGCAUGACUUUGUGUUACUAAGAUGUGUGUGUGUGUGUGUGUGUGUGUGUGUGUGUGUGUGUGUGUGUGUGUGUGUGUGUGUGUGUGUGUGUGUGUGUGUGUGUGUGUGUGUGUGUGUGUGUGUGUGUGUGUGUGUGUGUGUGUCACUGCAGUAUUUACAGUAUGUGAUAUUGUAUAUGUGUGAAGCAGUAUGAUAGGGAUAGGGCCUGUAUCGGGGCUGGGAGAUGUUUGUGUUAGAGAGGAAAGGACAUCAGAGUCUAGUAGGCCUCUAGGUUCUAGUAGGCAGGCCUCUGUCUGCAGGCCUGUCUCUAGUCUGCUCUGUAGGGCUGAAAGGCAGCCCAGGCAGACAGCUACUGUAGGUCUGAAAGGCAGCCCAGGCAGACAGCUACUGUAGGUCUGAAAGGCAGCCCAGGCAGACAGCUACUGUAGGUCUGAAAGGCAGCCCAGGCAGACAGCUACUGUAGGUCUGAAAGGCAGCCCAGACAGACAGCUACUGUAGGUCUGAAAGGCAGCCCAGACAGACCGCUACUGUAGGUCUGAAAGGCAGCCCAGGCAGACAGCUACUGUAGGUCUGAAAGGCAGCCCAGGCAGACAGCUACUGUAGGUCUGAAAGGCAGCCCAGACAGACAGCUACUGUAGGUCUGAAAGGCAGCCCAGGCAGACAGCUACUGUAGGUCUGAAAGGCAGCCCAGGCAGACAGCUACUGUAGGACUGAAAGGCAGCCCAGGCAGACAGCUACUGUAGGUCUGAAAGGCAGCCCAGGCAGACAGCUACUGUAGGUCUGAAAGGCAGCCCAGGCAGACAGCUACUGUAGGUCUGAAAGGCAGCCCAGGCAGACAGCUACUGUAGGUCUGAAAGGCAGCCCAGGCAGACAGCUACUGUAGGUCUGAAAGGCAGCCCAGGCAGACAGCUACUGUAGGUCUGAAAGGCAGCCCAGGCAGACAGCUACUGUAGGUCUGAAAGGCAGCCCAGGCAGACAGCUACUGUAGGUCUGAAAGGCAGCCCAGGCAGACAGCUACUGUAGAACUGAAAGGCAGCCCAGGCAGACAGUUUAUGUAGGGCUGAAAGGCUGCCCAGGCAGACAGCUACUAUAAUGUGUGGCUGAUAGAAGGAUCCCCAUCCCAACUGCCACUCUCUCUUCAUAAUUGCAGCUUUUCAAUGGCUUUUAAUUAGUCUUAAAGCGUGUAGAGCACCACUUUCCCUGUAGCGCUGCAGGCCAGAAACUCAGAUCCACGGCUUCUGACAAAACCAGCCAGGAAAGAGAAGCUAUGGGUGGAAAUGGGAUUGUUGUCAUAGCCAAGCAGAGCAGCCUUCUUUUUUAUUUCUUGGUAACACUUUAUUUCAGGGAUCAUCAACUAGAUUCAGCCUCGGGAUGAAAUACAAAUAUUUGUAGACUGUAAAUUGACCCCAAGAAGCCCAAACAGAUAUAAUAUUUGACUAAAACGGAAUCAUUUCAAACCUUGGUUACAUUUGUACACGAUUAAUUGUCUCUCUAUUAUGCGUGGGAAUACUUGGGAAUUAUAAUAAGUUAUUCUCAUUUUAUUAUUUUUUUGCUUAGAAAACUUGGGGACCAAAUAAACCCCCCCCCGUCGGCCACCAGUUGGGCAGCCCUGCUUUAUUUGAACUAGCCACCAUAAUACCUUUAUAACAAUGUUGUAAACAUGUCAUAACGCUUCAUAGCUUGUGUCAUUGUCAUAACUGAAGCUUUAUGGCAUGUGUUGACAAGUUAUGGCUCGUGGUAUGAAGCUUUAUAACAUGGUCAGGACAUUUUUAUGAAGGGUUAUGAAGAGAUCAUGGUGUUCAGUUCAACUGAAGUGUUACCAAUUUCUUUAUAUAUCUAUCUAUAUCAACAGGAAGUAGAACUGAUAUAUAGUGUUAAAAAUGCACUUCUAAAAAUAGUUUUUUACUUCUGGAAGUUUUUCCAAUUUCAAAUGUUAACGGUUGCCAAAAUGUUGUUCUCUUGCUUAAUCUUUUUGUAUGAUGGUUGAGAUUGUAUACUGGCUGUAUUGUUGAGUUGAACAACUAUGUGCUCUGUGUUUCACAGCUCAGCUUGUCUGUCUGAAGAUUUAGGAAAGCAGUAAAUAAACCAAGGCAGUGUUUUAUGAC